AUGAUAUGGGAUUUGUUGUAUGGCGAGUACCAUGUUGGUGAUCAGGUAAGGUCUGUGAAAUUGCAAAAUCUGAGACGUGAAUUCGAAUAUGCUGUAAUGCGUGAUGAUGAAACUCUAUCUGGGUAUCUUACUAGGCUAAAUGACUUGAUUAAUCAGAUGAAAACAUUUGGUGAAAUUCUGUCUAAUGAAAAACUUGUACAAAAAGUUCUAAUUAGCCUUAGUAAACCAUAUGAUCCCAUAUGUCUAGUCAUUGAGAAUACAAAGUGUUUGGAGACUGUAGAAUUAUACAAAGGGAAACCAAGAUGCUUCAAUUGUGAUAAAUUUGGGCAUUGGGCUAGAGAAUGUAAUGCGGCUAAAAUAGUGCAAAAGGCAAACAAUGCUAAUCAAGUGGAGAUGACAGGAAAUCUGUUUUAUGCAAAUAUCACAGUCACAGAACCAAAGGUGAAUGGAGAGCGGUACAUUGAUAGUGGUUGUAGCAACCACAUGACAGGAAAUGUGGAAUUGCUUGUUGAUGUGAGAACCAACAUAGAUGGCAAAGUUCAAAUGCUAACUGGAGACCUUGUGAAUGUUGCAGGAAUGGGUUCAUUGGUGUUUGAUACAAACAAAGGCAAAAAACAUAAGCUUGAGCCUAAAAGCUUCAAAGGAGUAUUUGUGGGAUGUGCAACUUGUGAAAAGGGGUAUAGGGUAUUUGAUCCAUUAUCCAAGAAACUAGUAUUAUCAAGAGACGUUGUAUUUGAUGAAGAAGUUGCCUGGAAUUGGGAAGAGAAUUCAGAGUCAAUUUCUCUCAAUACUGGAAGUUUUAUUUAUGCACUACAACAGAACUGGUCUUUUGCGGCGCAUAAAGAGCGCCGUAAACGGUUACUCACGGCGUGA